AUGGCUGCCGCAAUCUCCAAUCUCAUCGACAACCUGUGCGCAUUCGACGACGAAGACAACAUGGCCACUACUGCAGUUCAACUAGAGACAGAAACCACACCUGUCCCCGUCCGACCGUCUCGUGCCGUUGACACUCAUCUGUACUACUUCCCGGACGACCAAAUAAUCAAAGAUUUAUACCUCGGCACGGCUUCCAUGCACCUCAUGAAAUUCAAGCCGGUGCCUACGGCCAUCCACGACGUUCGGUCCAGCGAAGAAGAUUUCACUCUUGACAAAAACGGUUUCCAAUAUGUCAAGCAGAAGCCUUCCGUCAAAGACCUGAAAGGCAAUGACGACGAGAGGAUAAAGAAAGUUGUCUACGCGGAGACGGAAGAAUUAGUCAAGGCGAUGUGAGUACAGCGAUGUGAGCUCGAAUGGAGAAACGUGCUGAUUUUGAGAACAGCACUGGCGCCACGCAUGUUGUCAUAACGUCGCACUUGGUGCGGAUGAGUUCGUUGAAGGAUGUCACUGAAGCAGCUGAAAUGGCCGAAGACGAAAUGAAAGUGCUGCCGCCCGGCCCAGCGACGCACAUUCACGUUGGUAAGGUGUCUCCGAACCGAGCAUUGUGUCAAAGGCACCGUGUUGACACUGGAUUAACGCAGAUCAAUCCUACGAGAGCUCUGUCCAAUUUCUAAAGGACGCACUCACACCGGAAGAAGCCGCUCAAUUGCAAAAGACGCGCUGGGGCAUUAUCAACGUUUGGAGGCCCAUCAGUCGAGCAGUCACACGGUACAGAUAUCCUAGACCACCCCUCCUGGCAUUACGUAUUGACUGACUCUUGACUCCUUCAGCGACGCCCUUGCGGUAUGCGACUGGAACAGUCUCUCCCUCUCACAACUCCAGCCUGUCAUGGUACAUCUACCCACGUCAGAUGGCAAGUCCUCCAAUGAGAUCCAGCACUCUCGUAGCUUUGAGAGCUGGCGGUUGAAGCAUGCCGGAGAGGAAAACAAGUGGUAUUUCUGUUCGAACAUGACACCUGACGAGGCGUUGUUGAUCAAGAGCUUUGACUCCAAACUGGAUGGCAGGGCAAGAUUGGCGCCUCUUACAUCUUUUGAGAGUCGAUAUGAUAAAGGGCCGGCUAGAUGGAGCUUGGAGAUGAGGUGUCUGGUUUUCUGGGAGGAUCAGGAGGCAGAAUGA